UGUUGGGGAUUCAGUUGUCGAUCUGCAGUCCUGUCCGAUUGGUACUUGGAUACGCGGAUAGGGACCUGGAAUUUCACGUCCUCCGGAAUUCUGUUCGACUGUCACGGGGGUGGACGCCACUCGUUCAGUUGGGGCCGUGCAUUCGUAAUUCUGUUCAGCGAUCCCUCCCCGGCAGGCCCAUGGUUAAGUAGAGUCAGAACUCGACAUUCUGGCCAAUAGGUUGAAUGCCGAGAUUGGUGUGUAAUGUUAAAUAACCCAUGGGUGGAUUUCGCGCGUAGUCACCUCCUUGUGAUUGGACUGCACAGUGGGACACCGUGGAGCAUCGAUGGAUAUCGUUGGACAUCACGAAAAUUUCAGUAGCAAACGUCGAUACAGAGGGAAAGCAACGAGAAAAAAAAUAUUGCCGCGAUAAAGGAAACUAUGCUUCAAGAAAUUAAAGAUAAUUCAAAUGCUGAAUUAUAAUUGCAAUGUAGCCGAUGUCGCAACAUGGAACAAAUCAACUAAUAGUCGAAGCUGUGCAAUUAUAUUUGCUCAUUUUAAUUUAUCUAUUAUAAGAAAUAUAUAUCAUAUAGUAGUUGGUAUUCGAUUAUUUUAUCACUAAAAUUAGGAUAUUUCCUAGACAGAAUAAGUACAAAAAUAUUAUUGUUUCUAUGUCAGAAUAUUUAAAAUGAAUUCGUUACAUUUAAACAUGUAACAAGGAGAAUUAGAAGUGUUUAUGUAUUGAAAUAAUGUCGACUGUAUGUAAAGGGGAAGUAGUCCCAGAAGUAGCCAGUAUGGUUGUGGCAGUCGUGUAAAUCGAACAGAUAAUUACGAAAUCUGCAAAUCGCGAGAUUCAGUGUAAGGAUUUCUUUCAAUUGUUCUCUCUUUGCCAUAGAUAAUUACCAAUGACCUUUCGUGCAGUUUUUAAAUAAUUAUGUUUGAACUGGGUUCUACGAAUUGAAUUAUUGAAAAUCUAUCGUGAUUAUAUUAUUGCGUGAAAGUACUUAUUUCUGGCAGCAUGUCCCAGCGUUCAACGAUUCGCAGGAGAUCGUUUGAGAGCGAAAAUAUAUAUUCUGCCCCAUCAUCGGUGGUAAGAGAAUCUCCUAUUCCCAUCGACCCAGUAUGGCGGCAAUGCUUAGCAGCUGGUAUUGCUACGCUAACCAUGGUCAUAGUCGGUACAGUCUACGGAUGGACAAAGACUUCACUUGACCAUCUAACAUCUGGGACCACUGACAUGCCGCUAACGUUAACACACGACGAAUAUUCAUGGAUCGUUUCUUUGACAGUACCUGGUUCGAUAAUCGGUUCACUUGUGGGUGCCCUGUUGGCCGAUCGCUGCGGUCGUAAAUGUUGCCUCCUUUUAUGCUGUACAAUUUUCACCUUAGGCUGGUUCAUCAUCUACUAUGCAACUACGGUGUCAAGUCUAUACCUUGCUCGGGUGAUUCACGGUAUAGGCGUUGGUAUUGCCUACACGAUAAAUCCCAUGUUCGUGUCAGAAAUCGCCGACAUCCACAUCAGAGGCGUACUAGGUUCUCUAAUCUCAGUGAACGUAUAUGCCGGGUCGAUGUUAACCUGCGUCCUAGGAGUCUGGCUGACGUAUGAGUCACUCCUGUUGGUUCUUGCAAUAGGAUCCUUUAUAUGCAUCUUGCUGAACACAUAUUAUCCUGAAACUCCAUAUUUCUUGGUGACAAAAGGUAAAAUGAAGCAAGCAGACAAGUCGAUAGCAUAUUACAAAGGCAUCGUAGAUCCCCAAAUAGCGGAUAUCGAACUACGUACUCUACGCGCACAAGCCAGAUAUGACUUUUACCCACAAUCCAGGUAUGCAUUACAAGAACAAUCCAGUAGUGCUUUACAGUCAGAAUCCGUGUUCACAGUACACUCAGAAUUCAUAAGGGAAGAACACCCGCAACCCACAGGUGAAGUACGCUUACAACCCUCGCGCGAAUUACACUCUCAAUCCACAAGCGAAAUACACCGGCCAUCCACAAGCGAAAUACACCGGCCAUCCACAAGCGAAAUACACCGGCCAUCCACAAGCGAAAUAUACCGACCAUCCACAAGCGAAAUACACCUAGAACCCACAAGCGAGAUGUACCGACAAUCCACAAGCCAGGUACAGCCAGAACCCAGAAGCGAAAUGCAAGAACCAUCCACAAGUCAAAUACAUCGACCAUCUACAAGCCAAACGUACCGACCAUCCUUAAUUGAAGUGCACCGACCACCUACAAGCCAAAUAUACCGACCACCUACAAGCCAAAUACACCGGCCAUCCACAAGCGAAAUACACCGGCCAUCCACAAGCGAAAUACACCGACCUUCCUUAAGCGAAGCGCUCCGGUCAUCCACAAGCGAAAUACACCGGCCAUCCACAAGCGAAAUACACCGAUCUUCCUUAAGCGAAGCGCUCCGGUCAUCCACAAGCGAAAUACACCCGGAACCCACAAGCGAAAUACACGCACCAACGAGAAGCCAAUUACACUUACGAUCCACAAGGAAUUUGACCACACAAGCCUCUGUACGUUCACGAGGAUCGACGGACAUACAUGAGACAGAUAUGGAUGAAAGUAAAUAUUCCUCUUUAACCAAGCUGGAAUUAAUACUACAACGAAGCAGCCGGAAAGCUUUGCUUAUCAUGCUUGGCUUGACUAUGAUACAACAUCUUACCGGAAACCCCAAGGCUACGCAGUAUCUGGAGACGUUGCUUAGCCAAAAAAGUAUCGUUAUCCAUCCAUACGGAGCGACGUUGGUCCAGAUUGUCUGCCUUAUAUCUGGCGCUUUUACCCUCUCAACAGUGGAAUUCGUUGGAAGAAGAAGACUUCUGUUUCUGUCUACGACUGGGUCGUGUCUUACAUUGCUGAUUCUAGAAGUUUAUCAAUUGUUAGCUGAACAUAAGUAUGACGAAUCCGACGUCUCUGCUCUUCCAGUUGUCGACUUAAUUAUAAAUCAAAUAGUGUUUCAAAUUGGUUUAGGCACGAUACCCAAUGUUCUCCUAUGCGAGUUAUUUCCUACGAAAAUAACGGGGGUUGUUGCUGCCAUCAUUCUGAUUUUCAAUUGUAUAGUUGGUUUUAUCAUGCCGAAACUGUAUAAAGUGAUGACCGAUGAUAUAGGAUUGGAGUUGAAUUACCAUAUCAUCGUGCUAUCAUGCUUCUUUGCAUUUAUGUUGGUAGAAUUAUGGAUACCGGAAACAAAAGGAAAAACAUUUCAGGAGAUUGAAGCGCUUCUACUUGGUAGAAAGUUGAAUUCUUCGAGAGUAGAAGUUAGAUCCGAUGAUGAAAUGGAUACUCAUAAUAUAUGACAGGAGAAAUUGCAUCGUACACCCGUGGCAUGGUGUUUACUUACUCAGAAUAGUUUAUUUCUUAUUUUUACUAGUAUAACGAUAAAGAUCUACAAUUUUAUUACGAUAUGCAAUUUUUGUAGUAACGUAGUUUUCUUCGUUUGUACGUGUAAUUUUAGAUAUGUGUCUACUAAAGGUAAUGGAGAUUUACAAACAUAUGUAUCGUAUAAACUGACUUGCAUUGAACUGAGAGGAAUACAUGUUCUCAAACUAAACUUUUUAUCCAUUUCAUAACUCGACAAUGCAACAAUAUCAAUUAAGUCGAGAUAAUUGAACAACAGUUUGCAAAAGUAUGAAAAGUAAUAUAUUAAAGAAUGACAAGGUAACAUAAUACUGACAAGAACAAUUUUUUAUAUCUCAGCUGCUAUCUAUACCAUUAUUUUUUGUUUCCAAUAUAUAACAUAUGUGUAUCACAUAUACACAUGUUAAUAUUGUUAAGGUAAACAACAUGUAUGUUGAAAAAGUCAGUAUUUAUGUUAAAAAUAAUGUAAUAUAAUUAAUAUAACACAUUGCUAAUAAGUACAUAUGUUGCAAUGUGUUUGUCAAUGAUAAGCAUAUGUCUUUACAUAUAUAAAAAUAUAUGUGUAAGACACGGAUUUUUCGGUGUUAUAUUAUAAUUAUUACUGAAAAAUAUUUGAAUAUGUUAGUUCGAAUAUUAUUGUAAUUACUGUACCAUAAUACAGUAAUAAAUAUCUAGCCUUGUCUAGCAGAAAUUCUAUCAAACUGUUGAAUGUUAUAUUCGGUAAAUUACGACUAUAAUAAUAGUGUUCACUUCAGAAAUUUAUAAUAUUUCCUACUUUUAAAACACUAUAAUUAUUAAAUAGCGAAAAUUUAAAUAUCGAUAAUUUUAUAAAGCCGUGUCUAUUAACAAUUAUGUAUUUAUUGCAUAUAUUUAAAACAAAUAUUUUAUUAAAAAGCUACAAGAAACAUGGAUUUACUAUCUAUAUAUAAAGGCACAAACAAGAUUUUAAAUGUUCUAUUUUAAGUUUUAUUCCAGACGACUUUAUUACAGAUACCCCUAGUGAAAAUUAAUUAAAGGAGUCCGAAUGAAGAUGAGUCAACUGUAAUACCAAAUACUGCUAACGUCCUAAACCUACGUCAUGCUAAAUCAGUAACGUCGAGAACAAUAUAAAUAUGGUAAGAAAACCACCAAGUUUACUCGGUAAAGCACUCUGAAUAGCGACCUUCUCUUCCACGGUACCAUCGCCCCUCCACUUUACCAAUGUAAUACUAAUUUUGUAUAAAAGAAUUCGGACAAAUUUUUUUCCCCAUUCAUUUGCAAAAUAUUAGUUCUUUGAUCGUUAUGGAAAACAAACAACAAAAACAGCUGUAAGAAGGACCGAAGCGUAAAUUUACAACUGAAUGUAAAGUUCUAGUUAAAUCAAAAACUAAAUCGCAUUAAUAUUAUAAUUCUCUGUGAGAUGGUAAUUCGUACAUGUAUCGAUAUUUCAAACAUUCACUAUAAUAAAAACGCGACUAGAUGUGACAUUGUAUGGGACUCUGUCGCGUGUUCUGAAACGCAACUAUCGAAAAAUAUCAGUGCUUUUAAUGUUCUCUACAAUUAAUAACGUUGCGUCGCGACGAAUGUAAUUAUCUGAAAAGUGUACUCGCUAUAUUUCCAUUAUGUGAUCGUUUGAAUGUGCUAUGUUUUAUAUACUUGGAAUUUAAUUGUGAAAAUUUAUAAAUGGUUAUACAUUAUUCCGAUGGAUUGCAACAUUUAAAAAUCUAAAAAAUUAAAAUAAUAAAUUAAUUAUUCUGAUAA